GUCUAUAGAGCAGUUCUCAACAAACCUGACGGCACCCGAGCUGUGGCAGUGAAGCAUUUCAAGGGUGACCCACUCCUAUCCUUCAGAGAAUUUCGCAAAGAAAUCAGCAUCCUGAGACGUAUCAACCACCCCAACCUUGUUCAAAUGAUUGGUGUUGCACGGAAUCUACGAUGUGUAGCUUUUGAGAUUGCUCAGUAUGGGUCACUAGACGAUAUUUUAUUUGACUCAUCAACAACUUUCAUCCCACGGCUGGUAGUAGUAGCCAUAUCAAGAGAGGUCGCCGUAGCUUUAGACCAGCUGCACAAGUUGAACAUUGUACAUCGGGAUCUUAAACCUGGGAACGUGCUCGUGUUUUCCCUUAAAGAGCAAGAUCGAGUUCAUGUCAAAGUUACGGACUUUGGAACUGCGAACUUUGUCGGGCCAUCUGGCAUGAGAGAAGAAGUCGGUAGGACUCGCAUUAGAGCCCCGGAAGUCUUAGAGUUAGCUUUCAAAGAAGACUACGGCAUUCAAGUUGACAUUUAUUCAUUUGGAAUUCUACUCUACAGCCUGAUAUCAAGGCAAAUAGCAUUCAAAAAAUUGACAUCUACCGGGGUUCGACAUCGCGUUCUUCAACACAAGCGACCAGCCUGGCGAAACGUUACCGAAGCAAUUAGCGCGUUUAUUAACUUAACCCGUCUUAUGUGUGUGUCUUGGCACCAAGACCCCAGAGACAGACCGACGUCYGAACAGUGCUGUUCACAGCUACAAAACCCUGGUUUCCAAGCUUUAAUGUCGAAGCUUGCAUUUCCUGCGGAAUGCACAGUUUAUAUGGCACACAUUUUUCCAUCUAAAGACGAACUGUGGAUUGUGCUUCGAACCUGCGGGCAAACAUUUUUGUCUGUGUUUGAUGCAAGRUUUACGUCAAAAGGGAGUAAACAUGAUUUUCUUAUUUCCACGUCUGAUUGUAUGGUUGUCGAAGCCGCAAGCACCUCGGACGAUGAUGUUGUCGUGCUACUGAGGGAAGGUCCUUGUGGAGAACAUGGAAUCUUCAAGGUAUUUUCGGUGUUUGGUAAGKUUCCUGAUAAAAGUUUGAAGUGUACUGGGUUACCAGUUACUAUUAUAGGGAUGGCAGUGUCGCACCACAUAGUGUUUGUGGCUUCAGAGGAUGGUUGCUUUGCUGCUUGGUGGGAUGAGGGUGCGAAUGGAUCCGUUCCACUGCAGCAGCUUACAGAUUUCCCUUCAAAAUCAAUUGUCCUGUCGGGCGACCAACUGUGGGUUUCUUCGGAGAAUCAAGUGAUGAUAUAUACGAUUUUAAGUGACUGCGAAGAGAAAUCCUUAUAUCAGCGUAUUGAUGUAUAUCAUCGUAUCAGUAUCGAUGUGUCUGGGGUAAAGACCAUGUGUUGCUGCGGAAAUGCAGUUUGGGCGUUGAACAACGAUGGACUAUUAAACCURAAMGAGCAGGAAUCUUAUCUUGUAAAGAACAACACACUUACGAGUUUUACCAUCACAUCCGAUACGAUCUGGCUUGGAUCAAGCACAGGUGACAUAUCGAUCGUAUCGACAAGCACAUUGGAGCAGAUUGCUAUGUUUCGYGCUCAUUCGGGUCCCGUGCUAGARUUGUUGUWUUGUGAUGGCACUGACCCACCCAUUGUCAUAAGCCGUGGUAUGACCAACAAGCAUGACAUGGGGAACGUCAUCUUACCAUUAUCGAUUGAUACUUCUGAAUUGGCAAGACUGACAGGCUCUAAAAUACAUUCAAUGAGYGCACACCCGGUGAAUGAUUGUGAARUUAAUUGGRAAACAGUUGAAGACAUCGGUGAUGUGUUUCUUGUAUGGCAGGCAUUGUCUUGUCGGUCAUGGAAAAUGAUUACGAAAGACUUGACUCCAUGUUGCCACUGAGACAGUGACUGCUGUCAAUCAUKCAGUGACGGCUAGAACAUUAAUUCCCUGUUGCCACUUAGACAGUGACUGCUGUCAAUCAUUCAUUGACGGCUAGAACAUUAAUUCCCUGUUGCCACUUAGACAGUGACUUCUGUUUAAUCGAUGUCGGUCACUCUUUUUACUAUAGUGCAAACAAUAAACUUGUGAAGUACACAGACAACAAAAAUGUACUAUAAGAUUUUUGGUCAGUCGUGGUGUUUAUCAUCAACACUUAUUACUUGUUAGUUAA